CGCCGCCGCAGGAGGAUCCCGGGUUCUCGGCCGAGGCUGCCCCGGAAAUGCUUCCAGCCGGCACAAACAUGGCUGCGGCCCUGCGAACUGCCGGCGCGCGGCUCCGCGGUCCGCUGGUACAUGGCGGCUCGGGGGUCCAGCAGCCAUGGAAGUGCCAAUUGGGAACCGCAGCAGCAGCCACCACAGAGACAGCCCAUCGAGCCAAAACUACAACGCCUAAAGUUCAACCGGAAAAGAGGAAGCCUAAAACUGGAAUAUUAAUGCUGAACAUGGGUGGCCCUGAAACCCUGGGAGAAGUUCACGACUUCCUUCUGAGGCUCUUCUUGGACAGAGACCUCAUGACACUUCCUGUCCAAAACAAGCUGGCACCAUUCAUUGCCAAACGCCGAACACCUAAAAUUCAAGAACAAUACCGCAGGAUUGGAGGUGGAUCCCCCAUCAAGAUGUGGACUUCCAAGCAAGGAGAAGGCAUGGUGAAGCUGCUGGAUGAGCUCUCCCCAGACACAGCUCCUCACAAAUACUAUAUUGGAUUCCGGUACGUCCAUCCUUUAACAGAAGAAGCAAUUGAAGAGAUGGAGAGAGAUGGGCUAGAACGGGCCAUUGCUUUCACACAGUAUCCACAGUUCAGCUGCUCUACCACGGGCAGCAGCUUAAAUGCCAUCUACAGAUACUACAGUGACGUGGGAAGGAAGCCUGCCAUGAAGUGGAGUACUAUUGACAGGUGGCCCACACACCCCCUCCUCAUCCAGUGCUUUGCUGACCACAUUCUGAAAGAGCUGGACCAUUUCCCACUGGAGAAGAGAGGCGAGGUGGUCAUUCUCUUUUCUGCUCACUCACUGCCAAUGUCUGUGGUCAACAGAGGGGACCCUUAUCCUCAGGAGGUAGGCGCCACUGUUGACAAAGUCAUGGAAAGGCUGGGCUACUCCAACCCCUACCGACUGGUCUGGCAGUCCAAGGUGGGUCCAGUGCCCUGGUUGGGUCCUCAGACAGAUGAAGCCAUCAGAGGGCUUUGUGAAAGGGGGAGGAAGAAUAUCCUUUUGGUUCCCAUAGCAUUCACCAGCGACCACAUUGAAACUCUGUACGAGCUGGAUAUUGAGUACGCCCAAGUCUUGGCCAAGGAGUGUGGAGUUGAAAACAUCAGAAGAGCGGAAUCUCUUAAUGGAAAUCCAUUGUUCUCUAAGGCUCUGGCUGAUUUGGUAUACUCACACAUGCAGUCAAACAAGCUGUGCUCCAAGCAGUUGACUCUGAGCUGUCCUCUGUGUGUAAAUCCUGUCUGCAGGGAGACUAAAUCCUUCUUCACCGGCCAGCAGCUGUGACCCUGCCUGAGGACCCACGGGAUUAGGCAAAUGCCCAACCUCCAGACACUUCGGAUCUGGAGGAGGACACUACUUAGAGAUGGAGGAAGCAAGCCUUUGGGCACAGACUGUGUGAUUUUCUGGGGCAUGGAUUCUGCUAUCCUGAUCAAGGGGUUUCUGUUUGUAUUUACCUAGACAUAAGCAUCCCCAGUCCUUCUCUCAGGAGAAAUUGAUUAGUUCGGAAUGUCCAGUAGGACAUGAAAAACACUGAGUAUUUCUUAUCUUAUGAGACACUUAUCUGUUUUAAAUACAGGGUUUGAUUUUUAUUGUCCAAAACCACCUCGUAAAAGUGGUAUGGAGAGUCGUCUCUGGGGGCUGGCAGGGUGCGUGAAAUCUGGGGACAGCCUCAUGCAUGCGAGUAGUUUCUUGAAUGAAUAUAGUUGAGUUUGUGAAAUAUAAAAAAGAAGCGCUGAGUUGGCUGUGUAAUUGAGAGGUAGAGCGUUCACCUAACAUGCAGAAGGCCCUGGGUUUAACCCCUAGUCACAUACACACUCUGCCUGCUCUUACCUAUGUCAGAAAGUAACAGUGCUGGUGAGUCAGUGUGUGGGCUGUGUUGCCAGCAAGGCCACCAGUCAUUAGUCAUUGUGAUGGCUGUGUGAGGCUCAUCUCUCCUCUCCUGAAUGCCCAGACAGAAUGAAGCACACACACUACUGCUGUGAGACUCGCCAGGCUUGCAGGCUAACAUACUUAAAGAAGCCAACACUCACCACACAGGCCUUGGUCUGAAUCCUAGGUGCCUCAGGGAAGGGAGCUCCCGCCCGCCACUUUCAGUCUCCAAAGACAGCACUGCUGGGAAACACCAUCAAUGGGCUUCAUUGUACAUCUCCCCUGGGCCCAGGUAGUCUUUUUGCUCUGUGUCUCCUUGAUCUUGGUUUCUUUUCUGCACAUUUGUUUAGGAGUUAUUUUAUAAUGUCAACUAUAUCUUUUAACUUUGGGUUCUUUCUUCAUUUAUAAUUUUUUGUUUGAAAAUUAUAUAGCCAUAUAAUAGGACAUUAGGAAAAUACAAAGAAAAAAAACCCCAACCACUAAUGCAAAAUAGUGUUACCAUUUUAUUGACUGGCAUUUCUUACCUCCUUUUCCUGUGGAUUUUUUAAAAAUUAUUAUGAAAAUGUCAUACAGAGGAGUUACAAUUACAUGGGCAAGAUAAUGAGUACA